CAAUGGGAAAUCACCAUAAACAUCUACUUUCGCUUUAAGCGCAGAAACGAUAGGAAAGCAAAGAAAUCAAAUCAGAAAGUAAAUCGAUAUACACGGGACAACUCACAUGUUAUGGCCUUAUCACUCGCAUCUCCGCCCGUUGACUUUGCCUUCAACAAGUUGCUACUGCGGAUCGCUGCUGAGAUAUCGGAGGAUGAACUGAGGAUGUUGAAAGAGCGAAGAGCGUAUCUAUUUCCGAAACAAGAAGAAUGCGACAGUGCACUAAUGUUUCUUAAGACUUUGAGAGACCGUGGUGUACUGUCGAGGGACAAUAUCGACAUUCUAAAAGUUAUCUUACAGGAACUUAACAGAAAAGAUUUAUUGACAGAAGCUGUCAAAUUCUUCUCGGAUGAUUUUCCAAAAAUAAACGUUUGCGAAAGCAACAAAUUUCUUUACUGUACCAACGACAAUUUUGAAGGAUUGUUCAGUUUGAAGGCCGUUUUUGAUCCGAAUUCAAUAGACAGACAAACAGUGGAGGACGUACGGUCAAGACUUUCCAACAUAGUUCUGGUCCCGUGCAGUGCUAUUCUUGUCGGACCAAUCCGUUUGAGACCUUUAAGCGUCGUUUAUUUACUGCCAGAACUGUACCAGGAUUGCAUAAUAAAGGCGUUUUCGGACAAAAGUUGUUUAUCGGGCAUGUCAUCCCUUGGAAUCUGCAGAGUGGAAAUAAAGGGGGAAAAUGGUUAUGAAUGUGUUGACAUUUGCACCAAAAAUAUGGAUGCGGGAAACAGUGUCAAACAAAUUGUCUCAAAACGAAUAAACGAUCUCAAACAAGAGCUUAACAAAAGUAAGGCUGAAUCUGCUGCUCUUGACAGAGAACUCGUAGAAACUUACAUAAAACUUCAUGAAGCCGAAGACAAGCUUAAAAAAGGAAGAGACAUGGAGAAUAAGCUUGCAAUGCUGCACAUUUCAUCUGGAAUGUCUACAACGCUGUGGAAACUUACAGGGGAACUUAACGAAGAUAAUAACCCAAUCAAUAAACCAGAAAAGUCGCACGACGAGAUCAACAGAGAAUGCCUGUACAAGAAAAUACAGCGCAUAUAUCCGCAUAUAGACAACGAAAGAAAUCCUACUGUGUAUAGACCCAAUCAAGGAACACAGUAUGGAGAACAGAACUACGGCAUUGCCGUUAAAAGCCAUAUAGACACACCUUUAGUGGUCGAACUAAAGCACAAACCAAGUUUAAAUACAAAGUGUCCAUGAGUAAAACAUUAUUUUAUUACUUUUUACGGAGUUUUGAUAGCAUAUAUACUACAAUUUUAUUGCGCUUACCGUACAGUUGUAGCGAGUUUAUAUAGACAUAAAUUAUUUUUGGGGGGAAAUUAUAAUAGAAUAUGUCGAUUGUCAACAUGAAUGUUUACUAAUCACUGCAUUAUGUGAAAUGAAGAUUAGUUUCCUGUGGUAAAUAAUACAGGAAGUGCUAGUCAUAGAGUAUUAUCUAGUAUACAAUAUAUACAUAUAUUAAA